UGUGUGAGCGCAGUGCUGAUGCAGGCAGUGAGGGGGGUGUAACGUGGUUGGUGUGUCAGGGGCGUGAGUGUCACAUGUCAGCGUACACAGACGGCAGUUUGACACCUCCGCUUCUCCACCAGAGAGGAACACUCGGCAGCUAAGCGGGUCUGGACCGGCAGGAGACGGACGGCGAUGGCGAGCGGUGACAGCCAGGAGACUUUCGAGUCUUGGCUCAAUCAGGCCACGGACCCAAAUAAUCAGGAGGACAGAUGGGACUGUAUUCAGGGUUUCUACGAGCUUGUCAAUCAGGAGACUAACGGGCCGCAGGUAGCCAUUCGUCUUCUCGCACAUAAAAUCCAGGCUCCACAGGAGAAAGUGGCUCUGCAGGCUCUCACAAUUCUCGAGGCAUGUAUGAACAACUGCGGCAAGCGGUUCCACAGCGAGGCUGCCAAGUUUCGCUUUCUCAAUGAACUCAUCAAAGUGUUAACACCAAAGUAUUUCGGCUCGUGGACUCCGCAGACAGUCAAAGACAGGGUGACGGAGGUCCUCUACGGCUGGACGCUCUGGCUUAAAGAUGAACCUAAGAUUCAGGAAGCUUACAGCAUGCUCAAGAAACAAGGUAUUGUGAAGAAAGAUCCCAAACUGCCGGAGACAGUUAUAAUGGCUCCUCCACCACAGAGAACCACAGAGUCUGUUUUUGACCAGGAGGACAAGGCUAAGCUGUUGGCCAGAUUAUUGAAAAGUGGCCGUCCUGAAGACCUGGAAACUGCCAACAGGCUCAUUAAAAGCACCAUCAAAGAGGAGCAAGAGAAGGCUGAGAAAGUGUCAAAGCGUGAGUCUACUCUGCAGGAUGUGGAGAGCAACACUAAGCAGCUCAGAGAGCUACUGGAACAGCACGCUAUAACUGGAACUUCAUUACAGCCCAGUGACGACAUGAAGGCGCUGUAUGAGCGCUGCGACCGGCUGAGGCCCAGCCUCUUUCGACUGGCCAGCGACACGAUGGAUGACGACGCUGCUCUGGCGCAGAUCCUGGCAGCUAACGAUGACUUGACUCUUGUAGUGAACGCUUACAAAUUCCGGGUGGUGGGAGCAGAGUGUAACGGAGAAAGAGCACGAAGUAAAAGUGAAGAAGUGACGAGUAAAACUGCUCCUACGAGUCACAGGGAGGUUAAGAGCUACCACCUCAUCGAUCUGUCAGCGUUGGACUCUCCGCAGACUCACAGUAAAGCCGAUUCCCUGCCUGUAUUCGAAUCUUCGUCACCCGUCUUCACCUCUUAUCUGGACAAAGCUUUCAGCUCAGAAGCCGACCAGGACUUAAACGAAUUAGAUCUGGUCUCAAAGCAAAGGACUCAGGAGAAUUCUAAGUCCUAUUCUGAGGAACUGAUGCAGUUAAAUGGAGACAUUUUUAAUGCUGAGCAGAACAGAGGAGGGCUUUUGCUGAGAGCCCGUGGAUGUGGGGGCAGCAGUGCUACAACUAAUGGGACAGACAUUUGGUCUCACCCUCAAAGUCAGCAGUUCAAAUGGUCGGACAAACCAUCAAAUGAAGGUUCAGGUUCUCCAGUGAAACUAGAGGACUCAUGCCCCCCACACUUACUGAAGAACAUCUUUGUUCCAAUGGAAAGCAUCAAAUCCAGUCAGCUGGAGCCGAUCACGUUAUACAACCGGGCCGGUUUCCACGUAUCUCUUCAUUUCGCUAGAGACCCUCCGCCAGGUCAUCCAGGUGUCGCCGUGGUCGUCAUGUCUGCAGUGAACACAUCUGCGCUCGAUGUGAGAGACUUCCUGUUUCAAGCUGCUGUUCCAAAGACGAUGUUAGUGAAACUUCAGCCUGCCUCAGGGACACACCUACCUCCGUACAACCCUGUCCUGCCUCCACCUGCUGUCUCCCAGGUCCUCCUGUUAGCUAAUCCUCAGAGGCGUAAAGUCCGCCUGCGCUACAAGCUCACACUGAUGCACGGAGACCAACAUCUGAGCGAGACGGGAGAGAUCGACAACUUUCCUGACUGGAUGUCUUUGACCGGCCACUGAAAACUUCACAAACUCAGAUUUGUACUCUGUGCUGGGUGUGAAAUUAACAUUUGAAGGAAGAGAGAGUGAAAGUGAAACCAGGGAGGAAGAAAAACUCAACCAGAAGAUGGAGAUGCUUUCAGGUUUGGACACUUCAUGAAGUAACACCAAGCAAGUUUAUAUUUUUGAAAAUCCUAUUACUUUUGUGUGUGUGGUUUUUUUUAAACAAUUUGCUGUGAUUAAAAAAAAGUAGCAACUGUGAUUCAGGCAAAGAAAAAUGGCUGGCAUUAUUUUAAAAAAGAGUUGAAAGUCUUACAUUGCACAUGAAAUCCGUUACUUCCAGUUCCUUUAUACCUGGUUGGUAUUCCAAAGAAACACCAAGCACUGACUCUGGAGUCACACUGUGGUAAACAGUGGCUGGAGACAGAAGUGCAACUAAAAGUAUUGUGACCUUGAGAUCUUGUUGCCUUUUGAAGAUAUAGACCUGGAGUGUAACUGCUCGUCAGUGAGUUGUUGUGAUCUGUAUUCCAAGCUUGAUGCAUCAAAACACGAUAAAACUGCAAUAAGAGGCGUCAGUCUGCAACUCGAUGGGGUACAUACAAUCUGUUUGUGAUCAUUUGUGAUAAUGCAGAGAUUAUCUAUGAGGAAUCACAAAUCUGUUGCUGUCAGAAAUUCACAGAAAGUGCUUAAAGUCAGAGUCUCACAAAUAGGAAACAGAAAGUUCCCCCACAAAUACUGACGUAUGGCUGCGAUUUAACUACAGAAUGACAUUUACUCUGCUACCUUGCUGUUAUAUAGGUACAUAACAAGAAUACAACCAGUUGGCAACCAGCUGACUUGAGCCCCCUUAUUGCAAAGAGAUAUGACUUGGACGUAUUGUGCUCGUCAGACUGAGUCUGAUUGACUGUGUUUUUAAAUUAGACUGUGAUUAUUCGUGAACUGUCAUCUGUCUGAGAGCGACUGCUUUAGACACAGUUCGUCUCCCACCCGGGGACCUGUGCAACCACUUUCAAUCAGUCACUGAAAAUACUCAGUGCAGUGCGUGGGUUGCACGCACACACACACAAAUAAUGAGCAGCAAAGGGAGGAGCUGUUGCUCUGAUUAUUGUAAAACCCAAACAGUCCAAGUCUUUAGUAGUUAUUGUUGCUUUUGCCAUUAAGAAACUCAAGUACAACAAAAUCUGUGGCAAAAAGUUUCAAAUAAAAUAAUCUAUUAUUCAUUCAGAAAAGAAUGAAUAAUAGUGUAAAGGAACUGUAACAUUAGUUACUGUAACAUUAGUUACAGUUCCUUUACACUUUUGUGUGCAUCAGAAUAUUGUAUUUCAAAUCUGAUUCAGGUGUCAGAUGCUCUGCUGUCAUCUUAUUUUGCUGCCUCAUGCUGUUGUUAAGCCACAGAGGUGCAGUCUGACGUGUUGCUGGUUUCAAGUCUGCAUUUGAAAAACUUUAUUUCCUCUUCUGCUUUUCUGACAUCAGAACUUUAGAAGCACCUCGAGAUGUUUUUAAUAUGUAUUUAUCUUCCAACUAAGAUUUUCUUUCCUUACACUUAAAGUGUGUGUGUAUAAUUAUAUAAUUGUAUUACUGCAUUUCGGAUCUGCUUGUUUGUGCAUCAAUUAAAAGAUUCAAGAAAAAACACAAAGAAAUGUAGCAAAGCUGAUAAAAAUUGUUUACAUCUGUAAACACUUUCUCCCCACUCUGGCAGAAAGCAGGACAAAAUAGCUGGUGAAUGUGUUGAAUAUACUUUAAAAUAAAUCAGUUACUACUCUUUGCUGUAGCGUUUGACUCUUAGUAGCAUGCUUUUUUUUUUCUUUGGUCCUCGUUUCUUUGUGUGAAGUUGUUUCCAGUUUGCUUGUGUUUCAUUUUAUUUUAUUUAGUUUUCUUUAAUUACAGACUGUGUGUUGUUUCCUCAGCUUUAACCACUUUAUGAUCCCCAAAGAAGCCAUUCAGGCUCAGUUUUACCUGCUUCCUCCUGUGUGAUUGUGAAACAGGAAAUGCAUGUCUGUCAUGUGUCAGUAUUGAGUUCUUCAGUAAAUAUGGAUUGUGUUACAGUUUUGUUCUGGGUCCAGGGAUUUCAGAUCUGCGGCUCUUUUACACAUGUGCAGGGGCUCAAUGUGGUAUCGCCAAAAGACGAUAAUAUAAACACAAAAUGAACAAUGGAUAUUUUGCAGUGUUUUUUAAAAGUUUGUCUCGACGUCCUCCAGCUGUGAAAGUAUGUAGCCUUUACACUGAAUUAAAAAACGUUUCACAUCUGCCUCA